GUGUACCUUUUUGAUUUUUACUCCAGGGGAGAGGUCUAUCCACUAUUUUUUUACAACCCUUUUCUAAAUUCGCUGUAAAUUGAAGCUCAUAGUUCUAUGGACCCAUUGUGUGUCUUUAAGAACACUUCAAGAAGGCGGACUCUCUUUGGAUAAACGGUGCUGCUUUAUGAAAAGAAAGGAAGGGAGUUUGGGUAAAAAAAUCCUUCUGUGGGUGUCACAAUGAGGAAAAUUAAGGUAUUCGCUUCGCGUUUGUUCGCUUCAUUUUGUAUCAAGUAAACUCGGUCAUUGAUCAAUCACAAAAGAAUCUCAUAUUUCAGUACAAAAAUGUCACCUCGGGUAGAAGGACACCUUGCUGUUUACAGAACGAGACGUGAACGUGACCUCGCCGGUCAUCACGCCUCAGCGAAUCAUAAUAAGUGACGUCACUAACUCACCGCCGGCCCACCUAACCGUCGGCUCAAACUUAGUUAUCUUCAUUCUGAGGUCAACAACAAUCACCUGCAUUCCUGCACAGCGAGUGAUACCAACGGCUUUAAGGUUAUCCGUUUCUCGUUAAUAGGCAAUAUUUACACUGUUUGUUACUCAGUGGCUUGAAUUAAAGGCUUUGGAAGCACACUAUUCGACAAAAAAAAAAGAUGAGCAGCUACACAUGGAUCUUUGCCGUGGUCUUCCUCGGCUGUGUCCUGGUUAGGGUGCAGGGGUUCGGAAGCGGGGCUCCUCCCGCCGCCUGCGUAACUAUGGUCCCCGGGCACAAUGGGACACUGCCCCAGACUGGAGCCAGUCCAUACACCGUCUCCGUCCAGGUGUCCAGCUACACCCCUGGACAAACAGUGAGCGUGACCGUUAGAGGUACGGUGGAUUUCAAGGGUCUUCUCCUUCAAGCGCGUAAGGAGGGUACCAACGAGGUGGUAGGGACCUUUCAGACCCCUCCAACCAACUUCAAGUUUCGUCCCUGUCCUGACGGGGGAGCCAACAACGGGAUUACUCAGACUAGUUCGUCAACCACCAAAAACAACAUGACAUUUGUGUGGACAGCACCUUCCACAGGAGUUGGAAAUGUACAGUUUUAUGGCACCGUUCUUCAAGAAAAACCAAUGUAUUGGGUGAAUGUCACAAGCAGUGUCAUAUCGGCAGAUUCCGGGGCCUCCUCGCUGCUUGUCCAUAUUUCAUCUGUGAUUGGAAUCGUUUUGCUGGCUAAAAUUUUAUAGACAACAUUUCGGGAGAAAAGUAUUUUUAGAUCAAUAGCACGAUUCGUAGCACAGUUAGCUUCUUGGAGGCAGCUUUUAUUGUGAAUUCUCACACAAGAAGUGACACAUUAGUUAACUAAUACAAUGUACAGAUGUAUAUAUAUCCAAGAACCAAGCAAGAACAGUACGUUUGACAGGAAAAUAUUAGGACCGAUGGAUUUUAGACAGAUGUUUAUUUUAAAUAUAAACGAAUUAUUGUUAUUUUGGGCAAUUGAUUUUCUCCUUUUUUUUUUUUUUUGGUAGUCGAAAUGACGAAGAAAAUCAUAUUGUUAAAUCACAUAGAGCCUAUUAACUUUAAUUUUACAAGCUUUGCUUAGAUCUCCAUAGGCGAACAAAUGUCAUAAAUCGCGCCAGGAAUUAAUCAGCUUUAAAAGCACAAGUUGUUAUCUUUACAAACUGUAGGCCUGCGUGCUUUCCCCAAAAGAAAGCGUCAAUGAAGAGAUUGCGAGUGACAUAUCGUCUCUAAAAUCAUAUAUCGUGUCUCAAACCAAAUCACUUCCGCCAAUCAGCCACGUGUUGAUGACGAGGCUCGGUUUCAAAGCGAGUCUCCGAAAAAAAGCGUAGGCAACUGAUGACGUUUAGUCAUCCUCACUGUUCCUUUAUUUUAGACAAGGAAUAACCCGACGUGUUCAAAAUGGAAAGUGAGAACACGGAUUAUUUUUUUACAGUAAUAUCAUCACAUUUUAAAUCGUCUAUGUUUUUGUAUAUUUUUCUCUAGAAAAUGCAUUCCAUUAAGUUUACCUGUACCUGUAUACUUGUCCAUUUUUAUAUUGUGUUUAAUUACAAUAAAAACUAGCAAAUCUA